AUGUUGUACUUAUGUCCAGAAACUACCAGCUGGCCUGUACAAGACCUUGUCCGAGUGUGCCCCAGGUGUGGAGGUUUUGUAUUGUAUUUCUGUGCAUGCAACAAUCAAUCUCUCCAUGACCUUCGAAACGAUCCAAAACCGAUGCCCUGUCAUCACUCCCGCAUCUUAUUCACGAAUAGCGCGUGUAGAAACAACGGAAAGCCGACAGCCAAAUCCGGGAUCGGUAUAGCAUAUAGUAGUAAUACUACAGGCCAAUUGUCCAUAGCCAUUACCGACAUGGUGGACGACUUUGCGGUCCGAUCAAACCAACGAGUGAAACUUCUCGCGGCAAUAGUUGGCCUAAAGGCACUUUCAAGUACCUUUACUACAAAAAACAAGAAGGAACAAAGGUCACGGAUUGUGGCGAGCGACUCCGCUUAUGUCGUUAAAGGAAUAACCAAAUGGCUACGAAUGUGGAAGAGGCCUACAAAUCUUGAUCUAUUCCGCAAACUCGAUAUCUUGAUCAAAAGACUCGAGGCAAAGAACAUCAAGGUUAGAUUCUGGCAUGUUCCGAGGGAGCAUAACCAACUAGCUGAUCGUCUUGCGAAGGCCGCUGCAGUCGAUGGUACCGUAGCCACAACAUUGGGCUAGGGCACAUGAC